CCCUUUUUGCGGGCAUCCCUGUCUCCAGUCUGGUCCCGAUCUGCUCUUCGCUUUCCGUAGGGUCACCUCCCCUUCGUCCCCCGCCUAUGGGCUAGAUAGGGAAACUGAGGCUCCAGCGGGGUGGGGCUUCCCGAGGUCGCCAGUCCCCUCCCUCCUGCCUCCCAGCGAGCCCUUGGCGUUCCACUCGCGGUGUCAGCCUCCGCCUCCGAGCCUCAGUUGUCUUCUCUGUGAAGUGGGAAUGCCGGUGAAUCCUGCCGCUGGCGUGGAUGGGAGGUUCCUCAUCAAGGGAAGUGUGGCUGGGGGCGCCGUCUACCUGGUGUACGACCAGGAGCUGCUGGGGCCCAGCGACAAGAGCCAGGCAGCCCUACAGAAGGCUGGAGAGGUGGUCCCCCCCGCCGUGUACCAGUUCAGCCAGUACGUGUGUCAGCAGACGGGCCUGCAGAUACCCCAGCUCCCAGCCCCUCCAAAGAUUUACUUUCCCGUCCGUGACUCCUGGAAUGCAGGGACGGGUCGCAAGAAAGGCGAGCACAGGACCGAGUUCCGGCUGAGGAGCCUCAGGGCUGAAGGGACCCUAGAGCGUCAACCAGGGCUCCGCCGUCUUCCUGUCUGCUGGACGUUGCUUCCUCCUCACUUUCCACUAGUGAGGCCUACAAAAUGUGGGAGGCACCCGCUUCACAGUUUGAGGUAUGUCCCAAGUCUGGUCCGGCUUCCUGGAUUAGGACAGGUGCCGGAUCCCAGGUGCCGUGGCUCCAGCCUGCUAUUGGUACGUGGAGGGUUGGUGUUGAGCUUGUCCCUUCCGGCCGACGCAGAGGCCAGCCCUGGGCUGGUCAGAGCCCCUAUCCUGGCACAAGGGGGCCGCGCCCGCGCACAAGCACACCGCAGGCCUGAGAUGCUGCUGAGGACCUUCAGCCUUCACUGCUUCCACCCCCGACUCUGCUGUGAAAAUAGUUUGUCCUCUGAGUAAAAAGGUAAUGCGGAAGCAUCCACACGAUGAUGGUGACUGAGCUCUGGCAAGUCAGCGUGGAGAGUGGCAGCUGGAAAUCUUCACAGGCUUGGUUUGAGUGUGAUCCGUGGGGGAAGCAUCUGCCAGUGUCCAUCAACAGGGUGUGAGACUCCCACACCCUGACAGGGAUGUCACCCAGCACCAAAGAGCAGAGCAGCCCCGUCUGUGCUAACAUUAAAGGAGCGGACAGCUCGCUGACCUGAGAAGCCAGGCAAAACCUGCACCGCACAGGCCCAUUAUGCGAAAAUCAUCGUCUCACUGGAAAGCCUCUUCCACACCCGGAUGCCUUCCUGGAGGUUUUCUAUCACAUGCGUUUCAUACAUACUUAGAAAUUAACAGAGUUGGCCAGGCACGGUGGCUCAUGCCUGUAAUCCCACCACUUUGAGAGGUCGAGGUGGGCAGGUCACGAGGGUCAGGAGUUCAAGACCAGCCUGACCAAUAUGACAAAACCCCCACUCUACUAAAAAUACAAAAAUUAGCUGGGCGUGGUGGCAGGUGCCUGUAGUCCCAGCUACUCAGGAGGCCGAGGCAGGAGAAUCACUUGAACCCGGGAGGUGGAGUUUGCAGUAAGCCGCGAUUGUGCCAACACUCCAGGCUUGGGUGGCAGAGCGAGACUCCAUCUCCAAAAAAAAAAAAAAAAAAGAAGAAAAAUAAUAAAAGGAACAGUCAGUGUAUAUCAAUACAACUAAAAGACACUAAGUAUAAUUUCAUUUCAUUUAAAGAGGCAGAAAUAAA